GUUCCCAACUUUACACUUUUCCACUAUGUCUGGCAGACUUAUUGCCCAAAUCAUUGUUUCGGUUGGCACAGUUGUUGGCCGUGCUUUCCUCGCUGCUUACAAGCAAGCUGCGGCCAAUGCGGCUAGCGGUGCCGGUAAUGCCGCUCGCGGUGGUGCCAAAGAAGCGGCAGUGGAUGCUCUUACUAGAAAGACGGGCAUGUCCAUGGAGGAAGCAUGCCAGAUCUUGAACAUCACCCGAGAAGCGGAUCUUGCAAAACUGACAAAGAAUUACGACCAUUUAUUUUCGGUUAAUGAUUCUGCCAAGGGUGGUUCGUUUUAUUUGCAAUCCAAAGUAGUGAGAGCCAAGGAACGAUUUGAAAUGGAGAAAGCAGAGGAACUCAAAAAGGCAGCAGCUGGACAAGAGCCACCGCCAUCCGACAGCUCCAAUUCUUCGUCUUCUCCUCCCCCUCCGCCUUCCUCAUAGUGAAACCUCGAUUUCCAUAUUACAACGUUGAUUUUAGACUUGCAGAUAUUCAUCCAUGUUGACCAUGUUCAUUGAUCCAAAUCGAGAAAUAUUACCAAAUUUGUUUUUGAGGGAAGCCCUUCCCUUUAGAGAUACAUAAAAAAAAAAAAAGAUGAGUUAAUCUAUUGUCGAGCUAUAUCUUUAUGUGAAG